AUGGAAAACAGAGUUUCAGAUCGAGUGGAGAAUAUCGUAAAUUUGGAUGAAAGACCUGUACAAGACUUGCUUGAUGAAGAAAACAAAUUUUAUUAUGACCUCGAGCCUAUGGACAUAAGUGAGCCUUAUACCAGCAGUAUAACUCUCCCUCCGUUAGAGAACAAAAAAUAUUUUGUUUCACUCAUAAAGGGGUAAAUUUUUUUUUUAAACAAUAUAUAAAAUUUUAUAGUAAAUUUUAUAGUAAAUUUUUUUUUCCAAAUUUUUUCAAUAUUUAUGUUUUUAAAUCAAGCAGUUUAAAAUUAAACAGAAUUAGCGUGAGAUUUCAUCAAAUUAUUUUCAUAAAAAUUUUUUUAACCAAAAUAUAGGGGGUUUUGCUCGCUCAAGGAGGGGAGUCAGCACUAUUUGGCCUAUAUUUUUAUUUAUAUAUUUUUUGAGAUAUAAUAGAUUUUGUAGAGAAAAUGUCUGAUGAGGAAAAAGAUUCGAUAAAUGCUGAAGAGAUGCCUGCUGGGGAAAAAUCUUGACCAAAAGGCAAGAUUCAACAGACCAUUAUUCAUCAAAUAUCGAAUAUCAUAGUCUAGAAAGCCAUGAUCUGCUUGAAGACAUUUUCAUGGCAGACCAAAAAGAAAAAAGGAAAAGAGGUCGAAGGCCGAUUCGCCCCCAAGACCCGAUUCGAAAGAAAACAGAAGAAAAAGAUAAGUAUUGGCUUCGAGCUUUCAGAAGCUAUACUUUUCAGAAUUUUAAUGAAAUCAUAAAGGGGUUGGGGAAAGAAGAUGUAGAAUUCUGACAGUUUUAUAUGAGUCCUGAUGGAAAACCUGGGAAAGGGCACAAAUUUUUGUCAUAUGGAAAAAUUUAUAAAACAUUUUUAUACUGAUCACAUACAAUUUUGUAAGCAAAAAUGACUUAAAAUUAAUAGUGGGAAAUUAUAGUGAGAAAGAAUAUUUUCACAUAACACAUUUAGGAGCGCUUUUCGAGUCUGGUUUGAACAGGUGGGAGACGAGCUGCUGAAGAAGAAAUAUGAGCCAGGGAGCGAUAAGUGGUUUGUAUUUUAUGAUUAUGCAAGCAAAGAUUUGUGCUAUUAUGAUAUGCCGCAGCCGACACCUGAAUCUCCGCCCUCUCCACUUGUAUGUAUGACAUUGGAUGAUGUGGUGCCGCCUGAAGAGUUUUUACUUGAGUUUAGUGACCAUACUGAGCCUGCAUUAUAA